GCGGAGCCCCGCGGAGCUGGACGCUUGGAGGCGCGGCACCCGGAGAAGGCUCUCUGCACUCCCGGCUGCUGUGGAUCUAGAGUGCUUGGCCCAGAAUCCUACCAUGAAACCACACUUGAAGCAAUGGCGACAACGAAUGCUUUGCGGGAUAUUUGUGUGGGGACUCCUUUUCCUGGUGGUUUUCAUCUACUUCACCAACAGCAACCCUGCAGAACCCAUGCCCAGCUCCUUCUCCUUCCUGGAGACCAGGAGGCUCAUGCCCUUGCAGGGGAAGCAGAGAGCCAUCAUGGGCGCCAUGCAAGAGUCCUCCCUGCCUGAGAGCCUGGACACAAACAAAGGACCCCUGUCCGGCCCCUUUCCCAUGGAGUGGGGUGACUUGCAGAAAUGGGCCGAGGUGCCUGAUGGGUUUGAAAAUGAAGAAGAGGUCUUUUCGCCCCAGAUGGGCAGAAAAUCUCAAAGUGCUUUCUACCCGGAGGAUGACGACUAUUUUUUUGCUGCUGGUCAGCCAGGAACACACAGACACGCGCAGGGCACGUGGGGAUCCCUUUCUCCCCGGGACCACGCCCUGCGGGGAGGGGUUUUGCCGGCUGGAGAGCUCCCGAGAAGGCGGGCAAAGAGGAGGCCCCGCAAGCAGGGAGGGGGCUCCUUCUGGGAGGGGGGCAGAGACGGAGACCGGCUCUACUCCUCCAUGUCCAGGGCCUUCCUCCACCGGCUCUGGAAGGGAAACGUCUCCUCCAAAAUGCUCAACCCGCGCUUGCAGAAGGCGAUGAAGGACUACCUGAGUGCCAACAAGCAUGGCGUGCGCUUCCGCCGGCGGCGCGCGGUCGCCCUGAGCCGCGGGGAGCUGCUGUGCCAGCUCCGAGGCCGGGUGCGCGUGCGGACCCUGGAUGGCACCGAGGCGCCCUUCUCCGCGCUGGGGUGGCAGAAGCUGGUCCCCGCCGUGCCGCUGAGCCAGCUGCACCCACAAGGCCUUAAGAGCUGCGCAGUGGUCAUGUCUGCUGGAGCCAUCCUCAACUCGUCCCUGGGGAAGGAGAUAGAUUCUCAUGACGCAGUUUUGAGAUUUAACUCUGCUCCUACACGUGGCUAUGAGAAAGAUGUCGGGAAUAAGACCACCGUGCGCAUCAUCAAUUCCCAGAUUCUGACAAACCCCAACCAUCACUUCAUUGACAGCUCAUUGUAUAAAGAUGUCAUUUUGGUUGCCUGGGACCCUGCUCCUUAUUCUGCAAAUCUUAACCUGUGGUACAAGAAGCCAGACUACAACCUGUUCACUCCAUAUGUUCAGCAUCGUCAGAGAAACCCAAAGCAGCCAUUUUACAUUCUUCAUCCUAAAUUCAUAUGGCAGCUUUGGGAUAUUAUCCAGGAGAACACUAAGGAGAAGAUUCAGCCCAACCCCCCAUCUUCUGGCUUCAUUGGAAUCCUCAUCAUGAUGUCCAUGUGCAGCGAGGUGCAUGUGUAUGAAUAUCUCCCAUCCAUCCGGCAGACAGAACUCUGCCACUACCACGAGCUAUACUACGACGCAGCCUGCACGCUGGGCGCCUACCACCCGCUGCUGUAUGAGAAGCUCCUGGUGCAGCGUCUGAACACGGGCGCCCAGGGGGACCUGCACCGCAAGGGGAAGGUGGUCCUUCCGGGCCUCCGAGCCGUCCACUGCCCUGCACCCCAACCUGCUGUGCCACACUCCUGAAAAAGGACUCUUGGGAAUCAAUGUGCAAUAAGGUACUACUGUCGUGCUCUAAGUCACGAGGAAUACUUGAAGAUGCUUUUAGGCAAUGUAGUCUUGAGUCUCUAAGCUGUAAUUGAGUGGUGAUCGCAAGCAUUCUUCUCUUUCUAAGCCAUUGAAUAUUUAUCACUGUUUUGAAUAUAGAAAUGAAAUUCAAAAAGAUGAAAGCUCAAGGAAGGUGCAAAAAAAAAGAUAGAAAAAAACAAGUAUUUAAUAAAUGGAUGCUAUACCUCCAAAAAUAUUACCCUUUUCUUAUGCUAUGGGCACCCCAUUUCGGGACUGACUUCUGCUACCGGUUUCAAUGACAUUAUUUUGUGAAAGAGUUUAUACCCAAGAACAUUCACAUUGAGCUGUGAUAUUGUCAGCAAUAUGUGUACAUGCAUCCAUCCAUCAUUAAAUGUCAUUAAAUAUCCUAGGUUUUGGACAAACAUCUGAAUUAUUAUUCAGAUGUGUUUAACAGCAAGAAUCCCCAGCGCAAAUUAGGGGGUGCACAUGUUUCUAAACCAUUGCAUCCCUCAGCUCUGCUUCCCCUUGCUUGCUAAAUGCUUUGAGUUACAGGACCAGUUUCUAAAAUUAUAAAGUAUCCCUCUUGAGCAGCCUAAGAAAAAUCUGUUCCCAGAACAGCACCACUUUGUUUUCCCUGGUCAAAUAUUCCCUGAUUUGACCAGGAGGGUAGUUUCACUCCCAGAUGGAAAGGACUAUUGUCAGCAAAUAAAUACUAUCACUGCAGGAUGGCUCUGGGCUUUCCCGCCUUGUCACUCCUCCCCUGUCAGUCCUCCCUGAGAAAAGCCUUUCAUAGUUACUUGUGGACAGUUGGGCACCCCUGUGAGGUAGGACUCCUCCUAGUCCAGAAGGAAUGGUUGGGGAACAGUCACUCUGUAUUUCUGGGAAUGCAGUACUGGGAAGCCGACAGGGCUAUAGUGGAUUUUCACUAAUUCUUGCUGUAGACAGACUUUUAAGAACCCCAACCUUGUUUUCACGGCUGUGUUUUAUGUCAGCAACAUAACAAAGCCAUAUAAUGAAAUGAAAUUAUGUAAAAGCAUUACCUUUUAACAACAAGGAAACUAUGUAUAGACCUCAGAGGGAAAGGCAGCUAGAGGGAAAAUUGUCAUUCCAGGCUGUUAAUUUUCUUCACUUUCACUUGUUUAUUUUUCAGUCUCUACUUUUGCCACUGAUAGAAAUAUUUGGAAAACCUUAAUGACAUGUUAACUACAUCAUAAUUAAUUUCAUGAUAUCCUGAAAUCCUAUUUCAGGUGCAGUUAGGAUUUCUUGUCAAUGAAAAUGGUGAUUUAAUUAGACGUGUUCACCUUGCAAGUGUGUGAAUGCCAGGAGAGUUUAGUGGAAAGGCUUUUUCUUGUUCUAGUAUUGUAUAUUUUUGAGAUCUCUUUCUUGAGCAGGAAAAUAAGAAACUGACAGCUUCCAUUUGGUGCGUCUACAUCCUAGAAGUCAGAUUGGGUUUAGAUAUGUCCUGUAAGUUAGUCUAAUGGUGAACUAGGGGUCAUUGCAAAGUUCAGUCAUGAAAACAUCCACGAAAUGCCCAUGUUGAGAAUUUGUUUCCAUGAAAUGGGAUGGAUAAGUUUAUCCUGCAUGUUAUCUUAUGUCUAAGCAGACAUGGUCACAUCACUUUUCUUUCUUACUCCCUUUUUAGUGAGUGAUGAAUUCAGUGAUUUGGGAUGCUGGCAGGGUGAGCAAUCCUCCUGCAAGCCCUGGUUCUACUUGGACCUUCCAGGCUGCCUUCAAAUGCCCGUGACAUUGAACUUCCCUUUUAAAGUCUUCCUGCUGGGUUUCCUUACCAGUGUCUUAUCCAUGACACCUUGUUUGGUGACAUGAGAACUUGACUAGAGGAAAAUUUAUUGGGGUCACUGUAAAUAUUCAAGUUCAAAGCCCCAGAAUACAUCUCAAAGACUUUUCAAUAGCAUUUUUUUGUAACACAUGUACUUUUUUCCCUUUCAGUCUUAACUGAGGUUAUAAGAAAGACUGAAGAACAUAAAGGAAACUUAAUUAAAUUUUUUUAAUUUUUAUGGCCUUAGAGACCCUUGAGAAUCAGGGUCUGUUAAACACUCAGAAAUGUGGUAUAUUCUGAUAGCAUAGCCUGGUCAUUCUUCUAUGUAAAAGUUGCCAUUGUACAGUCUCUCAAAAACAUAAGGCCAUUAGAAUUAAUAUGAUGACCACUUCUACUAUUAGCCAAGUGAUUCUAAGUGGCACUAUUUUGACAGACGUUAAGUCCUCAUAUUCCGCAUUUACUGAAAUGCAAUAAAAACAUGGCCUUUACUUAGAGUGGUUAACAAUAAGUGUUGUCCCAAUGCAUUGACCCCAGCUCUGUCCCUUUCAGAACCUUCCAUUCUCUUCUGCCAAGGGACGCUGAUAAAAUCCUUAUGGUGCAACCUGAAGCCAUUAGGUGGCUCGUUCCUCACUCUCAGGACUUGCAGCUCACACUUCAAGAUCACUUCACUUGACCUCUUUCUGCUUUUGUUGUUGUCAUCCCACAUAAGUUGACCAGGAAUGACAACUCAUCUUCAUCUGGGUUCCCCUUCAUUGGCCUCCUCAGUACUUCUAGCAAUAGCUGAGUAAGGUGUACUGUUCUCACUGUCCCCAUGGAAGACCAGUGCCAGCCAUGUGUCCCUAAGUCCUUGCGGAGAAGGACUUUGUGUGUAGUAAAGCCGAGAAGUAGUCAUUUAAUAGUUUCAUGUAAGCAUCAUGCAGCAUGAGGGGCAUGAACUAAAAUGGAACAUGUGGGGGGCUUUCAUGCAUCUUUCAAUUUCUGGGUCUUUGAUUUCUGCACUCCGCUGCCAUGCAUCCUGUGUCCUCUAUCUCUCAGCCAGACAGUCAAUCCUGGACUGUCCGGUAAUCACCUGUCAUUGUAGCCAUAGCAUCUGGACAAAGCAAUGUUGAAAUAAAUAAUCAUUAGCAUUUUCUAAAUUGGAAAAUAAAAGUAACUGUUUAAAGUACCAUGGGAUCACACUGUUACAUGUUUAUGAGCCAGUUAGUUCUGGUGGAACAGAAUAAUACCUUAUGUUAUUGGUCAACCCUUCUGGGCAGUAACACUAACACCUGCUGAAUUAAUUCAGUCCUGUUUGACUUCAUUAAGUGGAAUCAGCCCCACAAGAGUAAUGGCAUGUGAUGGGAGAAUUUUGUGUACCCAAAUGACAUUAUUUAAAAGUUUUCUCCAGCCUGACUUAGAGAUCAGUACACAUGCUUCUCUCAGGUUGGUGGCCUACAUGAUCAAUCCCUUUUCUUGCUUAGCUACUGGAGAGAGAAAAAGGGGGCAGGAGGGCGUAUCUGGAUAUUCAAGAAAUCAAUGAUUGAAUAUAUAGGCCAAGCAAAAUCUCUAAAUAUGCUCUACCAUAUAAUGUUUUGAAUUCUUACGUUCUGAUAUUUUAGAACUGUGAACUACCAGGGGUUACAUGAUGAAGGCAGCUACAUUUAGAAGUGAAUUGCUUAGAUAAACUAAGCCUGGGUUCAAACAUGUUUUUAAUAUUCUAGGUAUUUCCUUUGUGAAAUGAUUCUGCAUGUUCCUGUCCUUUGGGAAUUAUUUAGACAAUUGGCAAAUGAAAGGUAUUUCUCUGUCAAGUCAAAGAAAUGAAAUAUAUUGGUAAAUUCUGAUUCUUGUUCUAUUAAGUGAGUGAAAUGUUUUAGUAAGAAAAACUAAUCCAACAUAUUCCUCUACAAACUCAGACUAAUGGAAUUUUAAGAAUUAAUGACAUUGAUGUAGUUCUUACUCUUGU